CUCCGCUACCGCGGUUGGAUCAGUCUUCUGGCAUUUCCUGCAGCCGGGCUGCGCUGCCAGCUGAGCCCCCGCGCGCCCGGCCCCGCGCGCCCCGCUUCUCACGAAGCCCCCCGGCGCCCACGCCAUGAAGGAGGAGGCCUUUCUGCGUCGCCGCUUCUCACUGUGUCCACCCUCCUCCACCCCGCAGAAGGCCGACCCCCGGAAACUCGGCCGGAACCUGCUCUUGGGCGGGGAGAAUGAGCUCUGCCCUCUGGGUCCAGGGAAGGACAUGGAGUCCAACGGCCCGUCGCCGCCAAAGGAUGAAGGGCCUCCGACCCCAGGCUCAGCCACGAAAGUGCCACCGGCAGAGUGUAGGCUGUGCAGUGGGUCCGACAGGGAGUGUGUGUCCCCAACAGCCAAGGGCACCAAGAAAGAAACUCUCAAGGCACCCUGGGCUCAGGCGCAGAAGGAGAGCUACCGGCAGGAGAAGAAGCGUGCCACCAGGCAGCUGCUCAGCGCCCUGACGGACCCCGGCGUGGUCAUCAUGGCCGACAGCCUGAAGAUCCGCGGGACCCUGAAGAGCUGGACCAAACUGUGGUGCGUGCUGAAGCCGGGGGUGCUGCUCAUCUACAAGACGCCCAAGGUGGGCCAGUGGGUGGGCACCGUCCUGCUGCACUGCUGUGAGCUCAUCGAGAGGCCCUCCAAGAAGGACGGCUUCUGCUUCAAGCUCUUCCACCCGCUGGACCAGUCCGUCUGGGCCGUGAAGGGCCCCAAAGGGGAGAGCGUGGGCUCCAUCACGCAGCCCCUCCCCAGCAGCUACCUGAUCUUCAGGGCCGCCUCUGAGUCCGAUGGCCGCUGCUGGCUGGACGCCCUGGAGCUGGCUCUGCGCUGCUCCAGUCUCCUGCGACUCAGCGCCUGCAAGCAGGGCCGCGAUGGGGAGCCCGGGUCCUCGCCGGACACGUCGCCCUCCUCACUCUGUGGGCUGCCUCCCUCAGCUGCCAUCCACGAUCAGGACCUGUUCCCGACCCACAGGCACCAUCCGCCUUCCAGACUGAACGGGUCCUCCCUGGAGCACCACCUGGAGAAUGACGCUCUCUCAGACAAGUCGCAGAGGGAGAACACGGAGGAGUCCGACAACGAGGCCCAGGAGCACGGCCGGAAGGCCGAGAGCGGGAGCGACCAGUCGGAGGCGCCGGCCGGCCCGGUGCGCAGAGGGACCACGUACGUGGAGCAGGUCCACGAGGAGCUGGGGGAGCUGGGCGCAGCGUCGCAGGUGGAGACGGUGUCGGAGGAGAACAAGAGUCUGAUGUGGGUCCUGCUGAAGCAGCUGCGGCCGGGCAUGGACCUGUCGCGGGUGGUGCUGCCCACCUUCGUCCUCGAGCCCCGCUCCUUCCUCAACAAGCUCUCCGACUACUACUGCCACGCCGACCUGCUCUCCCGGGCUGCUCUGGAGGAGGACGCCUACAGCCGCAUCAAGCACGUGCUGAGGUGGUACCUGUCCGGAUUCUACAAGAAGCCCAAGGGGAUCCGGAAGCCCUACAACCCCAUCCUGGGGGAGACCUUCCGCUGCUGCUGGUUCCACCCCCAGACCAACAGCCACACCUUCUACAUCGCUGAGCAGGUGUCCCACCACCCGCCCGUGUCCGCCUUCCAUGUCAGCAACAGGAAGGAUGGCUUCUGCAUCAGCGGCAGCAUCACCGCCAAGUCCCGGUUCUACGGGAACUCACUGUCGGCUCUGCUGGACGGCAAGGCCACACUCACCUUCCUGAACCGGGCAGAGGACUACACCCUGACCAUGCCCUACGCCCACUGCAAAGGAAUCCUCUACGGCACCAUGACCUUGCAGCUGGGCGGCAGGGUGACCAUCGAGUGUGAGGAGAACCACCUCCGCGCUGAGCUGGAGUUCAAGCUCAAGCCUUUCUUUGGGGGCAGCACGAGCAUCAACCAGAUCUCAGGGAAGAUCACAUCAGGAGAGGAGGUCCUGGCGCGUCUCAUGGGACACUGGGACAGGGAAGUGUUCAUCAAGGAGGAGGGGAGAGGAGGCACCGAGCUCUUCUGGAACCCGAGCGGGGAGGUCCGCGGGCAGCGGCUGAAGCGGCACACGGUCCUGUUCGAGGAACAGACAGAGCUGGAGUCGGAGAGGCUCUGGCAGCAUGUCACCAGGGCCAUCAGCGACGGUGACCAGCACAGGGCCACACAGGAGAAGUUUUCACUGGAGGAGGCGCAGAGGCAGCGGGCCCGAGAGCGCCAGCAGAACCUGGUGCCCUGGACGCCACGGCUGUUCCACCUGGACCCUGCCACCCAGGAGUGGCGCUACCGAUACGAGAACCACAGGCCCUGGGACCCCCUGAAGGACAUUGCCCAGUUUGAGCAAGAUGGGGUCCUGCACACCCUGCAGCGGGAGACCACGGCCCACCAGACCACCUUCCUGGGCAGCCCAGGGCCCAGGCACCAGGGGCCUGGCCCAGCCCGGCGACUCCGCAAGGCCAGCGACCAGCCCUCCGGCCACAGCCAGGUCACCGAGAGCAGUGGCUCCACGCCCGAGUCCUGUCCAGAGCUCUCGGACGAGGAGGAGGACGGUGACUUCGUUCCUGGCUGCGAGAGCCCGUGCCCUCGGUGCAGGAAGGAGGCAAGGCGGCUGCAGGUGCUGCACGAGGCAAUCCUGUCCACCCGGGAGGCCCAGCAGGAGCUACACAGGCAUCUCUCAGCCAUGCUGAGCUCCACCGCACAGGCCAGGCAGGCGCCGGCCCCAGGCCUCCUGCACAGUCCCCGCUCUUGGUUCCUGCUCUGCGUGUUCCUGGCGUGCCAGCUGCUCAUUAACUACAUCCUCAAAUAAGAGCCCUUUGGGGACGGCGUGGGCAUCACCUACAGGACUCGGGCCGGCCCCAGCCUCCCUCCCAGCACCUAGCACUUUAAGCCAGCCCCGUGGAGGCAGAGACUUGAGGAGCCCAGCUGCUGUGGCCCAUAACGCUGGACAGCAGGCGGGACCUGGGGAGCCGCAUGGGGUCCCCCUGGGAAGGGGCUGGCCUUUCCCUCGGGGCCCUCCACCCGGUGCUGGCCUUAAUGCCAAAGCCAAAUGCCACUGUCCUCAUGCGCUGCGCUCCCUGGCAUCAUCACUCCACGUCCGCCACCACUCGCCACGCGGGGUUGAGGGAGGUGGGAGAGGGGGGCCUGCCAGGCUUUGGAGGGUUGCUCCCCAGCAGGGGUGAGUCAGGAGUUUUGAGGAGCAAGCUGGGAGUCCCCAGGGCCCCAGUCCUCCUUAGACCUGAGGCACAGGCCGUCCUUUCCUGUAACCCUGCCUCAGGUGAGCUCCGGGCUGCUCUGGACGGGGCACUGGGGGCUUUGUUCUGCCCUCGUGCUGUUUGGACGGAGCCCAGCAUGUGCCCCUGCGGGACCCGCUGCACCUCGCGGGGCCGGGCGUGCCAAGGUGGGGCGGGCGGGCGUGGGCAGGCAGCGGUGCCCACGGCCAGGUGGGACACUUCGCUGAGACUGGUGCACGAUCUUCCCCUUCUACACGUUUUUAAUAAAUGCAAUUGCAAUAUUUUAGGCAGGCUGCAAACAG